CCUCACGGCAGGGCCCCGCACCCCAGAAGUGCAGCCGGUUCUCUGGCCUGGACGCCGCAGCGGAGUUGUCCAUUCGGGGGUCCAGCACUCCCGCCUCCCUUUCCGGUCGGGGCCAGCAUUCCCAGCUCCUGGCCUGAGGCGCUUGAGAAGGAGCUGGGGGAGGAGAAAUGGGGCAAAGCCCGACGCCAACAGCAAACGAUCUUGCCGCCGUCGUCAGCCCUCGGGAAAUCAUUUUCAUCUCGUGGCGGGAAGAGAUCCCAGAAGCUGUGGGGCUGCACCUUUGGUAACUGGAAUCCCGGAUGCCUGCCAGGGUCACCGCCCUUGCCAGCUCCGGGAAGCCCUCCUUUCUGCCAGAAGCCAGUUGUGACACAAAGAAGCUUGACUCCCCUGCAGGAGCGAGAGGCCACCUGAAGAGAGCAAGCCCCUGGAGGAUGUGAGACAAUGAAGGAAGAGAGAGAGGAGUACAGCUAUCUUGAAGCCACCCCAGGUUGUUGCUCACGCCAAUCCUUCCAUGCUGUCUUCAAGCCCUACUUCCUGCACAUCUCCCAACGCUGAUGGGGAGAACCCAAGUAAGAAGGUCCAGUGGACUUCUGGGAGGAGGAGGACGUCAUCCACGGACUCAGAGUCAAAGUCCCACCCCGACAUCUCCAAAGUACCCAGGUCCCGGAGACCUAGCCGGCUGACGGUGAAGUAUGACCGGGGGCAGCUCCAGCGCUGGCUGGAGAUGGAGCUGUGGGUGGACGCGCAGAUUCAGGAGCUCUUCCAGGGUCAACCAACUCCUCCUGAGCCUGAGAUUGACCUGGAAGCUCUCAUGGAACUAUCCACAGAGGAACAGAAGACUCACUUGGAGGCUCUUCUCCAAAACUGCCCCCGCCCCACAGAGUCUUUUAUCUCUGAGCUGCUCAGUCAACUCAAGAAACUCCGGAGACUCAGUCGGCCUCAGAAAUAAGCCUUGGGAGACUACCUUCAGCAGCCUUAGCACUGCCAGGCCUGCCCUGAACCUCAGAAUCCUGGGCUGAGAGGGAAAUGGUCCCCUGGGACAAAGACAAGGACUGUGGAAGAUGAGAAGGGACAUUUGGAUACCUCUUGUGUAUGUGUAGUCACAGCUGGUUCCUGUUAGCUAGGCUUUCUGGAAGCCAUUCAUGGCUGUUGCCCGGUACUUUCCUUGGCAGCCAAGUGGAUAAAACCUUUGGGAGCCCCAGCUGAA